AUGGUGAUACUAGAUAACCACUUGACAAAGCCAGGCUGGUGUUGCAGCAACAACGACCUUGACGCCUUCUUCGGCUACCCUCAGUUUGAUGCCCUCGUCUGGGUCAAGGGCUUGAGCAAGAUGGCCACUCUUUUCCGCAACGCCACUAACGUCGUUGGCAUGAGCCUUAGGAACGAGCCACGUGGCUCUAGAGAUUACGACCUCUGGUUCAGGUUCAUGCCACAAGGAGCAGAGGCAGUGCACGCAGCGAACCCUAACGUACUAGUCAUACUCUCCGGCAUCGACUUUGACACAAACCUCUCUUUCCUCCGUGACCGUUUCUUCAACGUCAGCUUCACCGAAAAACUCGUCUUCGAGCUCCAUUGGUACAGCUUCUCCGACGGCGGAGGCGCGUGGGAAAACCACAACUCUAACGACUUCUGCGCCAAGAUCACCGAGAAAGUCACACACAACGGAGGAUUCUUGAUCGGGAGAGGCUUUCCUUUGAUCUUGAGUGAGUUUGGGACCGAGGAGAGAGGCGUUGACGUCAACGGGAACAGGUAUAUGAAUUGUUUGGUGGCAUGGGCGGCGGAGAAUGAUUUGGAUUGGGCGGUUUGGGAGUUAACCGGAGGUUAUUAUUUGAGAACCGGUCAAAGUGAUAUGGCUGAGACUUAUGGCGUUUUGGAUUCCAAUUGUAAAGACGUCAGAAACGCUUCUUUCUUGCAGAAACUCUCCGGAAUUCAAUAUCCAUUUAGAGGACCCGGUUUGCGAACCAAAAACGUUCUCAUCCAUCCAUCAAGUGGACUCUGCGUCACCAAUAAUCCUUCAGACAAUGUACCAGCACUUCGAUUAGGACCAUGCCCUAAAUCCGAGCCAUCGACCUUUAAUCCUCAAGAAGGCAUUCUUUGGAUCAACAAAAUGUGUGUGGAAGCUCCAAACGUUGUUGGACAAAAGGUGAAGCUUGGAGUUGGCACUAAGUGUUCAAAGUUGGGACAAAUAUCAGCUACAAAGAUGCAUUUGUCGUUCACGACAAGUAAUGGUUUGUUGCUAUGUCUUGACGUGGACGAACGAGACAACAGCGUCGUUGCUAACCCUUGCAAGUGUUUGACCAUGGAUGUUUCGUGUGAUCCGGCGAGCCAAUGGUUCAAAGUUAUUUAA